AACGACAUCAACAAGCCCAAUGGCUUCACCAAUAGAAGACGAUGUCUUCGAAAAGCUGAGGUACAAGAUAGACCCUGCGGAAUAUAAACGACAAGAGGACGAACUCAAUGCGCGGCUAUACGCAGCGCAGCAAAGAGCACAGCAUCGAACAGAGGAGCUGGUCACGGACAAUAGCACCCUUCCAACAACCAUCUCCUCCGUCCGCAUCCUUCAUGCCAAUCGUACGAGACGCAGUUUUCUCGAGGGUGUUGUUGAGCCUCUCCUGAGUGCCAAUCGUGAGGAAGCGUACACCUUGCAGGAAGCUCUUAAUGAGAUUGGAAACGUAUAUGGCAAGCUGAAGCGCUUUGACAUCUUCAAGGAACCAAUUUCGAUCUGGAUCGACAGACCGGACCCAGCAAACCCAUCCACAUCACCUACUGAUAUCGAUGUCUACAUCUCGGCCACGGAGCGCGGCAACUACACGAUCAAGACGGGUACAGAGGUUGGCUCUUCCGAGGGCGAUGCAUAUGUCAAUGCAGAACUUCGCAAUCUCUUUGGAGGCGCCGAAACCCUGAAUGCGAACGCAUCCUUGGGCACACGGACACGCUCCGCCUACUCGCUUGCUUUCAAUACGCCAAUUGCAAGCAAUCCUGAUUUUAAAUUCCAGGUCAAUGGAUUCGCAAGCUCAACUUUGAAGAGCUGGGCGAGUCACGAGGAGGCAUUGAAGGGCGGUACAACCAAAUUGCUGUACAGAACACUUGGGGGACAUAAACACGAGUUCGGUUACUCGGGAAUCUGGCGACAGAUUACCGGACUCGCAGAGAAUGCUUCACCAACGGUGCGAGCUGACGCCGGCGACUCUUUCAAAUCGAGCCUUACACAUACUUGGAUCAACGACAAACGCGACUAUCCCCUUCUCCCUAACAAUGGAUAUGUUCUGAAGACCGUUUCCGAACUGGCCGGUUGGGGACCACUGAAGGGCGACGCUGCUUUCUUCAAGACAGAGGCUGAAUCUCAGGUUGCACUUCCCUUCGGCGACACAGGCAUUACUUUGACCGCCGGUCUUCGGGGAGGCCUCAUCUACCCUCUCGCACUCCCUGGUACCAAGAACCCUCAGCCAACACGAAUCAACGACCGUUUCACUCUCGGAGGGCCCACCGAUGUGCGCGGGUUCAGACUUGCCGGUCUCGGUCCUCACGAUGGCGCGGACGCCGUGGGUGGUGAUGUUUACGCAGCUGGAGGAGCCAGCCUCCUGUUCCCUAUUCCUAAGGUCGGCAAGGAGACUCCUCUACGACUACAGGCUUUCAUCAACGGCGGUCGUUUGCUUUCGCUCAGAGGCAAGGACAAGGAGGGACAAAUGUCCAAGGCUGACGUUACCAACAACCUCAAGCGAACAUUCAACGCUUUGAAGGAAGACCUCCCCAGCUGUGCCGCAGGUUUCGGUCUCGUUUAUGCUCAUCCGAUCGCACGAUUCGAGGUCAAUUUUUCUCUGCCUCUUGUCAUUCGGGCUGCAGAGGCUGGCAGGAAGGGCCUGAGCUUUGGUGUAGGGGUUGAGUUCUUGUAGACUUUAGCCAGGACGUUGCGAACAGUCAAUGUCAUACAUGUAUAGUAAAACCCUCGAACAAGUCCAGUUAGACAACUGCCAAGUGGCAUAGUUCAUUUGGAAGUACAAUUGUUUUUACGUCUCUAUAACACUUCGAGUAAUGGCGACCACCUCACUCAAUCUGCUGGUGUCAGGGAAUACUAACUUAUCAUAUGAUCGUUAAGCAAACUCCUACGCGAACCAGGCCUUCUAAUACUUUGCCCGGGACCUUUUUAUGUUGUUGCUUUCUUAAAAACACUUUUCUGGUCUUUGGUUCUUUAGGUGGAAUGCAUUUCACAUAACGAGUUUCCUCUGUCUUCAUUCUGACAGGGCUCGUUUACACUAUUCAUG